GAUGGACGUUUUGCAAGAGAGACUCCAAUCGGUUUUCACGGGCUUCGUACCUGGUUUAUCACAUACGAUCUUGCGCCAAGAUCCCGAAAUCCUAGCCAUUUUCGUCGGGGGUAAUGGGCUUUACCUGGACGAGGCAGACUUAAAAGCGGGAGUUCACCGUUUGUAUUGGAACGUUGCCGUUAUCGUCAAGACUAAGCUUGAUAUUUUCAGGCUUGUCAACGAAAACCGCCAACGUCUCUUGGAACUAACAGGGAUCGUGCGGCAAGAAUGCCCUCAUGAGCUAUACCAAGUUCCCUCUCCAAGAUCUGAGUACUGGUCAGAGUUUGAUGCCGUCAGAUUCACUGGCUACGAUAGAUCCUCGUCUAUGAGAUCGGUUGUUAUAAUGAGCUGGGAAUACUUCGCCAGACCGGUGUCACAGACUAAGUCUACAACUGCGCUCAAUAUAUAUUCGUAUGUGGAUAAACGAAUCUAUAAGAAUAACAAUUUUGGACGUGUGGAAUGUCAAAUUCUACAGGCAACUAGCCUCCCAGAUGGGUUUGUGAUCCUACACGACCAAUGGCUAUACGAGGACUGGCAUACGCCCUAUAAUUCUCGCCGGGACCCCUCGGAUGUGGUGCUUGGCCAGACUGCACAGCUGUUAAUUAGCGGAGUCAACUUAUUCAAGAAUCAGUACAGAGAGAUAAUUACCAAACAGAUCCUAGCCCUUUACUUUCAUGUUACCGGGCAAUCUGCAACCGCCAAAUGUCUUACUGAUUCAGACCUAUUUUCGUCUUACUAUACUGAAUGGAUGAAUCAAAGACUUGAGGCAUAUAUGCUCGGCAAAGAAGUUAUCCAGAGCUUGGGCCCAGGCAACGUAUCUGCCCCUGCCCGGCAAAUAGCUUUAUUUGGAGACAUAUCGACGGGAAAGUACUGGGAAAGGAAUACCUUCAGGACUGUUGAAGCCGUUGAUAAAAAGGUACUCGGUUGUUUCGAGCACGGAGACUUCGCCUGGAUCAGGCAAAGGAGGCCACUCCUCGGCGAGCACUCAGGAAAAUGGGAGGUCGCAAUUACCUGUGCGGCUAGAAAUACCACCAAUGUACUCUGUAAGAUGACUCCAUCCGCAAAUGACGAGCUCGAAAGAGCAAUGCUAGCUUCUCAUUUUUAUCCCUGGGUACAAGUUCCACGUAUAUCGGGCUCUGAAAAGUUGCUCUUCCCUAUGCUAGAGUACGAGUAUGAAGAUGAAAUUAGGACUCGGUAUUAUAAGACUGGCGGUAACAACUGGAAUGACGCGGAGGCGCUGCUUCAUGCUGAAGUGGUGAAAGCUGAGAUAAUGCUUAGUGCCUAUCGAAAGUCGUUCCGGAAUCCUGAUAUACAAAAGCAGGAUACUAGCGAGGUCAUAAAAUCGCAUCUUGAUCGCAUCGCAAAAGGGGGGAGGGUGUUCCGAGAGCUACACGGUGAUAAGAUACAGGUAAAAGGAGGCGCCUCGGUUGCUACUAGGAAGCUGUUGGACCUGGAAUGGAUCAUUAACGGCGAGCGGUAUCCGUCCUUGCGCAAGUCGCUCGAUCGAGCUGCCAGAGAUAUCCGCAAAGCUCGGCCCGGUCCGGUGGUCUUUGGGUUAGGAGAUACCAGUGCGCUCCAUACCAUGGUGUCACCGAGAACCGUACAAGGAGGUCGUAAAGUUAUCUUUGAUAACUAUGGGUCUGCCAAGUAUCACCCAGUCAUGCUUGACGUCGCUAGAGCCUUCUACUUCGAUGUGUUCUUUGAGAUGGCGCGCCUGGCCGAUUUACCAUCUCGCACGUGGCCGCGGAUGAGAUACUCGUUUACCGGGACCACGAUAGACGUCAACUACGCUCCGAAUUGCAGCUGGUUAGCACGGACGAUAGCUGAUAUCAAAAUAAGAUAUCUGCUUCAUCCUCUCGAAGACGAGAUUAACGCUGCGGGGCAUUCCUUUGAUGAUCUCAUUCCUCAGUUGUCCGCUGGUAUAUUCCUGGUUCCGACAUUAUACCAGGACUUUUCCAAGAAUCCAGACUUCAUCAUUGCAAAUAUUAUGACCGGGAUGGUUAUGUCGCGAUGUAAGAACUGGGACGAAUUCCACUUGGCGGUCGGAAAACUAGGGCUUGGUACUUGAAGCGAUGGCAGCGCCUUUUAAAAGAAAAGAAAAAAAAUAAAAUAGAAUAGUGAAAGAAUUCGGAUAAUUUAUGACUUUCUCGUAGCCCUGAACUGUGACUGUUUCCUGAAGUAGUUUAAAUGUUAUAUAUAUAAUACAAAAUGACGUGAAUAAGAAAAGAACAACUCCGUUGAAGCACGAAAAGCCACAAAACCAACUUGGGACUAGACCAACUAAUAUAGCUAGAAGCUCUUUGUAUAGAUGUCUCAGCAGCCCCGGGAUCCAACACAGUGCCGAAA